AUGCAGCUUACUGGUCUUUUCGCUACGGCUUUUGCCCUCCUCGCAUCUACUGCCUAUGCCCAGACUGGUUCCCAGGGUACUGAUACUGGAAACAAGUUUUGCACGGGUCAAUGCCUCCCUAAGAGUUCCGAUCUCCCCUGCAGCAAGCCGGAGUGGCAAGCAUCAUUGGGUUGCUACAUGUGCUGCCUCGAUAAUGAUAAUUCGGGUGGCUUUGCGGACAGUCUCCCUGACGAUAUUCUUCCUGACGACAUUAUUGGCGACGAUGACUGA